CGGAGGCGAGCUAAACUGACUCUCGCUCGCUCGCCCGCCAAGGCAGGUCCUAGAGGUCGAGUUGCUUGAGAAAAAUCAAAGUUCAGUGUAUACUUUUCGAGUGCCUGAAUUUAACGUUGAUAAUUUUUCCGUGCAAAAUAUUGAAAAAUCAUUGCAGCAGAUUUUGAAUGUUUGUCGGAAUGGUCGGGCGCGUUUCGUUUUUGUUGCUGCUGUUGGCGGUGGUCGGAUGGUCAAGCCAGGACAGUACUUCGCGCUGUGAGCCCAUCACGAUCCCUUUCUGUCAGGACAUCUCCUACAACAUGACCGUCAUGCCCAACUUCCGUAACCAGAGCCAGGAGGACGUGGGCCUUGAACUCCACUUCUACCACCCUUUGGUGAAGGUCAAUUGCAGUCCCGACUUGCGGUUGUUCCUGUGCAGCCUUUACGCGCCAAUCUGCACGUCCCUUGGCAGUUCGAUGCCCCCGUGCCGCUCGCUGUGUCUGUCGGCCAAGAACGGCUGCGAGGGUUUGAUGAACCGCUUCGGCUUCCAGUGGCCUGAUGUUCUGAACUGCGAAAGAUUGCCCAAUCACGGCGCUUGCAUUGACAAAGAAGAUGACCAAUUCAACUCUUCGCAGAGCAUCCAUAGCUCAAAUUCCUCUACCCUCGAAGAGACAAGAGUCAAUGGUUCUGACACUUCUUCUGACAUCAACAAGGGGUGUCCAUCAACAAAUGCUGAGGGACUAUUGUCAACUGUUACUGACAAGGUUGAAGAGCUUCAGUUAAAAAUCAACAAGCUGGAGGAACAGAAUAAAGAAGACAGGAAGGUUCUGGACAACAUCUUAAAUGUCGUUAACAGGCUGUAUAGUUAUUGGGAACUCUAAACAAGAGUUAUGAACAGAUCAAGAAUUGCUGAGAAGAUGGAAAAUAAAAAGAAAUGAAGAUUUGAAUUAACCUGAAUGAGAAUUAUUUUUUUUACCAGAGAAAAAAUAUAUAGUAUUCA